AUGGGCCCCACGCGCAGCGUCAUUCUCACCUGGGCAAUCCUCCCAGCACUGGUCGUGUUAUUACUCGCAACCAUCAUUGCGCAGCCGCCAGCACCACAAGAUCUCAAGCCCAAGGUCUUCGUGCUCGGACUCUCCAAAACCGGCACGACUUCCAUUGGCGAUGCGCUGGAACGACUGGGCUAUCGCCGCCUCGGCUGGCGCGAUAUCAGGAGUCGACACAUGGUUCACACUUGGGCGAACGGAGAUCUGGAAUCCAUCAAGGGACUCACACGAUACUACGAUGCCUUCGAGGACCUGCCCUGGCCUUUCGUCUACCGAGAGAUGGCUGAGAUGUACCCGGACGCCAAGUUCAUCCUCAGCUUGAGGAAGGACGAAGACAGAUGGCUCAGGAGCAUGCGGACGCAUGUUGGCAGAGGCAAAUGGCUGCCGUACACGUACUUCUACGGCGCCGACACGUACGAAGGCAACGAGGACAUCAUUCGACAAUCGUACAGGAACCACACGGAGAACGUUCGAGCAUACUUCAGCGACAAGCCGGAUCGCUAUAUGGAGCUCAACAUCGACGACGGCGACGCGAACUGGAAUAUCCUCUGCCAGAUGGCACAGUGUCCUGGGAACAAGAUCCCGUCGCUGGCCUUUCCCAAGAGCAAUACCGUCGCCAACUGGGACAUGGGCGUGGUGGGGAACAACUUGCACUGGUUCUGGGGAUGGUUGGUCACGAGAGUGGAAGAGCAGGCUUCCGACUACUACUACCGCCAUGGGAAAACUCUCUGGCGGCCUUUCUUGCAUUUCUGCUGGUCCAUCUAUGACUUUGUGGAGGCCAUCUACUCGGAAAUCUACUUCAGGGUCAUACCUUUGGCUUUUCCGAUCAUCAAGGCGUGA